AUGUCAAUUGUCACGUCAAGCAAGAUAUUAGCUGUUUUUACUUUUAGAAAUUUUGUUAUUUGCGAUGAAAAGUUAGUUAAAAGUUUCUAAUAAAUAAGUUACAAACAUUAUCAUUAUAACAAAUUAAUCAACAACAAUGAAUGGAAUAAUACACGGCUUGAGUUGGUUUCCCAACACAGAUGAGAAGUUUGUUACAUGGGGACAAGAGAUAAGUCUCUACAAAGUUAUUCCCAAGAGCGAUAGUGAACCUUUAAGAAAUCGUGAUUUGCAACUAUCAUCGAAGCAUGUUGCAACAUUUCUUGCCUCGGAGAGUCGCUAUCAAUAUGUUAGAUGUUUGCAGCCUUCUUAUCACAAAGACACUGUUCUCGCUGUCGGAUUGGCCGAUGGAAAAGUUGGAAUAUGCAACUUUAAUUCGAGUGCAGAAUCAAAUUCAGAUUUCACUCCUAGGCAACAAAGGUCGUGCUUGUGUCUUGCGUGGAAUCAUAUAGAACCAAAUGUUUUGGCCAUAGGACACGACCGAAACAGAUCCGACUGCUGCAUCACGAUAUGGGAUACUGGAAGUGGCUUCCCUAAAGAAACUCCUCAAUUCUUUGGUUUAUCUGAGUCUGCACAUUCAUUAUGCUGGGACAACAAUCACCGUGCUCUCGUUGCAGGAAUGAGCCAAAAAAUGAUAAAAAUCUUUGACCUACGACAAAACUCUCCAACAUGUACUUCAAUAAACACAAAGGCCGUGAACGGACUUGCUGUCUCUGCGAAUGGAAACUACUUGAGCAGUUUUCUAGAUUCAGUUAUAGUCAUUUGGGAUCUGCGAAGUAUCGACAAACCUCUCAAACAAAUUCAGUGUUCCAAAGACAAUAUUUCCGUAACUUGGUGCCCCAAUAAACCUAGUCUUUUAUCGUCCUUACAACGUGAUUCGCCAUUCAUUUACAUAUAUGACAUUCAUGCGGUAGAUAUAGAAAGUGCUCGAGAAUUAUAUCACACCAAAAAUCAGUACACGCCCUUCCAAUCCAAGUUGUAUGCGUCUAAUAAAAAUACAACAAUUUCAUCAGCAUCCUGGCACCCAAAAGACAAUGAACGGAUAUUGGUUUUAUCUGAAUCAGGUAGCUUAAGCGAUUUUCGAAUACCUCCAAAAAUUGUGAUGUCAUGGAACAAUCAAUUAAAAAUGUCUACUGGUCUGACAAUGCGCCCGUUGAAUCCGUCGAUGUCCUCACAAGUAAACGUUGAAUCCUCACCUAUGGCCUCAGUAUCUUCUUAUCGUUUUGCUGACUUCACAGAUGAGGAUAUUUCUGAGACAAUUCGAAUAAGAGCACAACAUAAUUACGGAUUAAAGGCUGAACUGAGACACUUUGGAGAUUUUCUAAAUAGUACUUACCUGAAGAAUGUUUGGAAAGCUCUUUUACAUAUCUAUCGAGGAGACAGACUAAUAGGAUUAAAAAAUGUCCUAAAAAUUGGUGUAACUGCCCAAAGCCAAGUUGAGGAACUUGUGCCAUCAACUGGUCUAGAAUCGCACGUACUGCAAUGGCCAGAUUCUAUUAAAAAUACUAGCAACUUGGUGUGUUAUAGGAGUGAACAACGUGAUGCUGCUCUCAAAUUGUGCGGAUGGUCGUUUGAUCAAGAUAUGGAUAGAUUUAUUAGAUCACUUUGCGACAAUAAAGAAUAUUCGAGAGCUGCCAUGAUUUGUACGUUUCAUUUGAAAAUUCUUCAAGCUUGUGAAAUUCUUUCUAAAGCAGAAGAUCAGUCAAAUGAUCCCAGCAUGUAUAGAAUAGCUGCAAUUGCGUUGUAUAGUUUUAAUGCCGAUCAAGGUAACUCUACGUGGAAGAACCAAAGGUCAAAUGCCAAUAUGCAAAUCCAAGAUCCUCAUCUUAGAGUCAUCUUUUCAUUUAUAACCACGGAUAAUGAAAACUUUGAAGAUGUUUUGAAAGAGGAGGAGAUUUUGCUAUCCGACAGAAUUGCAUUCGGAUGUAAAUAUCUAAGUGAAAAUAAGUUAUCUGAAUACAUUAAAUCCUGUAUUCAAAGUUCAAUUGAAAAGGGAGAUUUAAAUGGUAUUCUAUUGACGGGAGAAUCAACAGAGGGAAUAAAUAUCUUACAAAGUUAUAUUGAUAGAACGGAGGAUGUUCAGACCGUUUCGUUAAUUGCUAUUUGGUUCUUCCAAAAUGGUCUCUUCACUGACAAUCGAAUUCAAUAUUGGACUUCUAGUUAUCUAAACUUGCUUGACUCGUGGAGACUUUGGGAAAAACGAGCCGAGCUCGAAAUCAAUAUGCAAAACAUCCGUUCGGCUCCAACAACAUCGCGAACUGUUUUUCUUCUUUGUAAUUUUUGUGGAAAAUCAGUCUCGAGUGCCUUGCAAGACGAUGCCCGACUACGAAAUGUUAGCUCAAAUGUGAAUAAGCUCUCGUCCUGUCCAAGCUGCCGCAAACCUUUGCCCCGCUGUUCUUUAUGCCUUUUGCAUAUGGGUACUACGGUUCAUUUUCCACCUCAAAGUGGUCAUGAAGCCCUUGGGUGGCAGUCGAAAUCGUUCUCAAAAUGGUUUUCCUGGUGCCAAACAUGUCGUCAUGGUGGACACACUGAGCAUAUAAUGCAGUGGUUUAGCCAAAAUUCUGAGUGUCCUGUGGCAUUGUGUUCCUGUAAAUGUUUUGAUAUGGAUGGUACAAUUCCUCAAAGCUAUCGUGAUGUUUCGUAAUUAAGUUUUUGUUGUUUUUUUUCAUAAAUUUAUUUCCAAAGUAAAUAUAUAUACUUUAAACUAUA